ACGACCAACAUCACCAUAGAGGCCUACAGCGAGCAAAAGGUCGAGCUGAAUCUCUACUACGCGGCCUGCGAGGUCCUGGUGGCCAUCUUCGCCGUCGUGGGUAACGCCCUGGUGAUAUUCGUUUUUCGAAAGGAAAGGAGGUUGAGGCGAAGGACGAACUACUAUAUUGUUUCUUUAGCAGCUGCGGAUUUGUUAGUGGGGCUGUUGGGCAUUCCUUUCGCCAUUCUGUCUUCGGUGGGGCUUCCCGUCAAUUUGCACGCUUGUUUGUUUACAGUGUCUUUGUUGGUUGUGCUUUGUACUAUUUCGAUAUUCUGUCUAGUGGCAGUUUCCGUGGACAGGUAUUGGGCUAUCCUGCAUCCCAUGGGGUAUUCCAGGAACGUCAGGACCAAGACUGCCUUGGUGAUAAUCAGUAUAUGUUGGUUCGCUGGGUCAGUGGUAGGAUUUCUACCAUUAAUGGGGUGGCACAAGGACACGACCGACGGCGAUGUUUGUUUCUUCCUUAAAGUGAUGGAUUUGAACUACCUCGCAUUCCUGUAUUUCGUGACCAUCAUAACACCGGCCUUGCUGUUGGCGGCCUUCUACGCUCAUAUCUAUCAGGUGGUUCUGAAACAGCUGAGGCAGAUAGUCACUAUGAACCCGGAGAAGGGCUCCUCGACGAAGGGCAGCUGCUCGGGCGGCACCAUGAUCCGCAUGCUGGGCGUCCAGCAGACCAACGAGGUGAAGGCUACCCAGAACCUGGCCAUCAUCGUCCUCUUCUUCAUGAUCUGCUGGAUCCCCCUGUACACCAUCAACUGUAUCCUGGCCUUCAGGCCGGACUUCGAGGUUAAUUCCACUUUCAUGCUCUUUUGCAUCAUCCUUUCGCAUGUGAACUCCGCCGGCAAUCCUCUGUUGUACGCGUACCACCUCCGCGACUUCCGCGCGGCCCUGAAAAACUUCUUUUGCAACCUGUUUGACCAGGAGAGAUACUGCGAGCAGAUCAACAGGAACAACUACAAUUACAGCCAGUACAACAUCCAGUUGAGGAAGAAGCCCAACUACAAUCUGACCAAUCCCGGUAGGAACUACACUGUGAAGAUGAUCUCUCCGGAGAAAGUGAAUAAUUCCACGCCUGUAGUUGCCGGAGAUCUACAGCGGACCAUUUGGAACAUUUCUGAGCAUUCCAACUCCUCCAGUGAGUCGCUGAAGUCCCUGGAGUCUUGUAGUCAGGAUAAAAUCCUAAUGAUCAGACCGGCCACUCCUUACCGGCCUAGAACCGUGAACGAGUUGAACCCCGGGUACAUGGUCAGCACCUCCGUGUGCGACGAAUCCGACGACGGUUUCAACGAGGAAGAAACGCUGCCGUAUCACGACUACGCCCUGGAGGAUUGCGAACUGGAGUCUUGCCUGACCGACAAGACGAAGAAACACCAGAUAGUCGCGGCGAAGUACGAGAGGUCUCUCUCCACCUCUUCGCCUCAGUUGUCCAGGGGACUCUUCUUCGUGGAGACAGGCGUGAAUCGAGAGAACGACAAGACUGUUAGUUUUAGUUUGUACGAACCUAGGAGUGGCUGCCCGUCGGACGAUUCGAGGAUAGCAGGUAACUUCACCUUAAGUCCUUUCAGGGUGGUCAGUGGGAUAUUUAGUGGGAAGAGGGAGUUGAACAGGAGCCUCAGCGACGGUGGGAACGUGACCACGACGAGGUUCGCCGGUAACGGCGCCGUCAAGUCUUUCGACAGUUGUUAUGAUAAUUCCUAAUUGUGUUCUCCGCGAGCAACGUUACAGUUCAGCGUAGUGGUGACGUUUAAAAAAAUGUGGUGUGCUGCAAACGUAUGGGAAGCUCCGCCAAAUCGUCCAACUAUCGUAGUAUACGAUUAGACUCAAUUUUAUACUGAGUAUAUUUGUGUUUUGAAUAAAAGAAAAUAUCUGGUACAUUUUAGGUACUAAAAAGGACUGUUGCUUGUUUAUUUUGAAUUUGUCAACAUCUGCAGGGUAUCACAUACUGGCGGGUCAGAAGUGAAGGAGAGUUUUGUUGUCCAAAUUUAAGAAUAUUUCCUGUAUUUCCAGCACGCAUAGUACAGCUUGAACAAAGACAGAAGAGCUUAAUAGUAGAGGGCAGUGGAUUCAGAGAGAGAAUGAGCUCCGGUGCUAGUCUGGUAACGUUGCCAGUGCGCAUCUUAAGCUCGCGGACAGGAUGAAUUUGGUCAAGCUGUACAUCAAAAUUUUAUGUGCACAGUACAUGAAUAAAAUGGUAUUCAACGUGAAAUAAUUAGGUCUCGACUCAAAUGCCAUGCCACUGUGUUAACGCUAUGUUUAUUUAAAAGUAGUGGACUGUAUGAAUGCGUAAAGGUUAUAGAAAAAAAAAACGACUGUUGGAAAUGGCUUAUGUACCACUGUUGUAACUUGUACUCUUCUUGAAGGGUCCUUCUGGGUGUCUUGAAUUUGAUAGCGGUUUCUCUAAAAUGCAUGUGGAGUAGGAAAUUGGUAAGGAUAUGCACGCACUCGUGUUUAUGUCAAGUCUUACUGCCUAUUGAAUACAAUGACUUACAAAAAAAACUACGCAAAGGAUAUUUGAAUUUAUGAAUGGAUUAAAAGUAAACAACCAUGUUGCUGCAACAAAGAGAUGAAAAAAUAUAUAUUUUUUUAAAUGAAUCUAAAUAC